GCAAGAUGCCGCGCUGCAACUGCGACUCAUCAAUCGAUGCCCUCGAGGCACUGCUCUCAAAAUACCACCCCAGGCCACGCUCGAGAACUCCUCCUCUAGACGAUCAGCAGGUUUCGGAGCGCAGAUUUUUCCCGCACCGACUCGACAAUCAGCCCCCGGCAUUCUCGAUAGAGGAGGGAGCCCGCCACGUACCACGUUUGACAGCCCCCCCCAGCAGAUUGAACUCGUAGAAUACCCCAUAAAGUGGCAAAAGGACCGCGACGCCGCAGGGGAACACCAGCCCAAGUACGACGUCAAGCGGGCCGAGAAGCGCCGCUGGCUUGAGGAGCAGGACGAGAUGAAGUUCUCCCACAGUAUCCAGUUCAACGCCGUCCCGGACUGGAGCAACCACUAUAUUGCCUACAGCAAUCUCAAAAAGCUCAUAUACCAGCUCGAAAAGGCCAUCCACCUGCCUGCCGGCGACGCCGAGUCCCGCCCGCUGAUCCAGCACGAUGACCCUGAAGCCGUAUUCAGCCGCGCCCUCGAUGUCGAGCUCGAAAAGAUUACGUCCUUCUACGUCCUGAAAGAGAAGGAAUUGUCUGAUGAGGUCGAGUUGCUUCUCAAAGAUGUAGAAGAGUUCGAGGAAGAGUCCGGCCCACCUGAGGAUGGCCGUCCACCAACUCUGUCCAGCGAAAGGGCUCGCUCCGAGCUGCCCCGUUCCGGCCGGUUACGAAGCCGCAGCACGCGGAGCCAGCGAUCGACUGAGGACGGCCUGGACGAAGACAGCGACGACGAAGGUGACGAGGAGACUGGUCUCACUUCCAAGAGGCGGCGGGGAAGCCUCGGCAGGCGCAGGACGCUACCGAACGCCAUGGUCUCGUCGACCGACAUGACAGCGUCGACAGAGUUCACACGGUCGAUUCGGCGGUACAGUUCAAAUUUCGACGACUACGCCGAGCAGGCCGCCCUGUUCUCAUCCGGCAUCAUGCUCAAGAAGCGCAUGAUCAACCUCUACGUCCAGCUAUGUGAACUCAAGUCGUACAUUCAGCUGAACCGCACCGGCUUCACCAAGGUCCUCAAGAAGUUUGACAAGAUUAUCGACCGCAGCUUACGGACGAAAUACAUGGACACGUUCGUCGACACUGCCUAUCCAUUUCGCCCCGAGACCACCAAGGGGUUAGAACAGCGCAUUUCCCAGAUGGUGCAAGCAUACACGGCCAUUGUCACCAACGGCGACGCCGACUCGGCCAUCCGGGACCUGCGAUCACAUCUGAGGGAACACGUCGUGUGGGAACGGAAUACCGUCUGGAGAGAUUUGAUCGGAAUGGAACGGCGGGCCGAGGCUGCCAGUUUGGGCCACACCCUGCUCGGGCGGGACACAGAUCCUAAGAAAACGCGACUGCAAGGCGACGAUGAGAUCGUGCUGCCGACCAAGGAGAUCACAACGCCAUUGGGCCGCCUGCUCUGUCCAACAUGGCUUUUCACGUCGACAACCAUGACGCUCGUCGCCAUCGUUGCGCUCUUUUUUGCCAUCCUCUACAUCCCCGUCAUGGAGAAGCCCGAGCAGCAGAACUGCCUGGCCAUGCUGGUGUUUGUCAGCUUGCUCUGGGCGACCGAGUCGCUACCCCUGUUCGUCACCUCUCUCAUUAUCCCGUUCCUCUGCGUUGUCUUGCGCGUGUUCCGUGACCACGACAAGCCACACACCAGGCUCGGUUCCAAGGAGGCCACAGCCGUCGUCUUUGCGGCCAUGUGGACGCCUGUCAUUAUGCUUCUCCUCGGGGGGUUCACGCUCGCCGCGGCCCUCUCUAAAUGCAACAUCGACAAGCGCAUCGCCACCUUUGUCCUCAGCAAGGCCGGCACGCGCCCCAAAACCGUGCUCAUCGCCAACAUGGCCGUUGCCGCCGUGGCCAGCAUGCUCAUCAGCAACGUCGCCGCACCCGUCCUCUGCUUCGGCAUCAUCGAGCCCAUGCUCCGCAACCUGCCCGCGGGCUCCGACAUGUCCAAAGCCGUCAUCAUCGGCAUCGCCCUGGCCUCCAACAUCGGCGGCAUGCUCUCGCCCAUCGCCUCGCCGCAAAACGUCGUCGCCAUCGGCAUCAUGGCGCCCUCAGGCGAGCCCACUUGGGGCCAGUGGUUCUUCAUCGUCAUCCCCGUCGGCAUCCUCUCUAUCACCCUCAUCUGGGUCCUCCUGCUGCUCGCCUUCAAGCCCGGCCGCGGCACCACCAUCGUGCCCGUCCGGCCCGUCCGCGACCCUUUCACGGGCCUCCAGUGGUUCGUCUCGGCCGUGACCCUGGCCACCAUCGCGCUGUGGUGUGCGAGCCACAGCCUCGAGGGCGUGUUCGGGGAUAUGGGCGUCAUCGCUAUCAUUCCCAUCGUCCUAUUCUUUGGGGUGGGGAUCCUCACCAAGGAGGACUUCAACAACUUCCCCUGGACCAUCAUCAUCCUCGCAGCCGGCGGGCUGUCGCUCGGCAAGGCGGUCAAUUCGUCGGGCCUGCUGCACACGGUCACCGAGGCGAUUACGGAGCGCGUGCAGAGUUACAGUCUAUAUGGCAUCCUGGUGGUAUUUGCGAGCUUGAUCUUGGUGAUUGCCACGUUUAUCAGCCACACCGUGGCCGCGCUCAUUAUCCUGCCGCUGGUGUAUGAUGUGGGGAACGGGCUUGAGGAGCCACAUCCGAAUCUGCUGGUUAUGGCGGGCGUGUUGAUGUGUAGUGCUGCCAUGGCGCUGCCGACUAGUGGGUUUCCUAAUAUGACUGCCAUCAUGAAGGAGGAUCCGGCUGGCAAGCGGUAUCUGCAGGUCAAGCACUUCAUCAUGGUUGGCGUGCCGAGCAGUUUGAUCACGCUGGUCGUGGUCGUCACGGUGGGGUAUGCUGCCAUGAGGGUGACGGGGAUGUAAUAUCGGCGUGUGUCGGACAUAACUCACCAUCCAAACGCGAGUGGGAAGUGGAAGGAUUUUGAUGGGCCCUCUGGAACGAGUCGGGUCGAAUCUCUCGAGCGUACCUGAUUUCUCUAUGCAUGGCAGGCAGGUUGGGAGUAGGCCGGUUUGGCUUGGCUGAGAGCAUGGGCAGUAUAUAAGACAGUUGUUAAUCCGGUCUCAAACCUUUGACUUCGCUUAUAGGCAUAGCGGAAUUCUACAGGGCAUGCAGUGGGUUCCUGGACGAAAGGGACUAGACAUCUAUUUGAACAAAGAGUAUGUUUUGGUUUGGCAAUCGG